AGGCGCCUGUCACAUGAGCCGCGCGCCAGCUCCGCUCCCCCUCCUCCCUGACUGGGCUGUGUGAAUGAAGCUCUGCCGGCUACGUGGGGCGCUAGCUCAACUUAGUGUACUGGACGCCAGAGCCGCCUGAGCGCGCUGCCCACCGGCAGCGGACACAGACUCCGCAGCUCCUAACCUCGGCGACAGAGCAAAUCAGUUGCCCGGAGUUCCGAGUGAAGUUGUACGUGUGCCCGUGCGAUAACGUCAGUGGAAACUGCCCCCCCCCCCAUAAAUGAGGGAAAUACAGAAGUUGGAGCACUAAAAGCCAAUUUGGGGCUUUAGCAUAUUGCAGAAACGAGGACCACAUAGCUGUUUAUCUAUCUCAGUGCCAUUCAAGUUUCCCUACGAAACUGGGGGGCUCAGGGAAACUGAGCCUGUGACCCCAGUGUGAGAGAAGAUACGAUCAAGAUGGCCAUGUGGCAGGGCUUAUUCACCUCAAAAAGAGGGCUUUGGCCUGUGAUACAAGAAGUCAAGGGAUAUUCAUCUGAGUGGCCACUUGAUUUGGUAUAAUGCACAGUUCCUUCACCCAGUUGUGGGUGUUCAGAGACAAGAGUGACUGUCCCAUGGAGCCAUGGAUAACAGAGGUUUUCAGCAGGGGAGUUUUAGUAGCUUCCAGAGCAGCUCCAGCGAUGAAGACUUGAUGGACAUACCAGGAACAGCUAUGGAUUUCUCCUUGAGAGAUGAUGUUCCUCCUUUAGACCGAGAAAUAGAAGGGAACAAGUCAUACAAUGGUGGAGGAAUAGGUUCUUCAAAUAGGAUCAUGGACUUCUUGGAGGAGCCAAUACCAGGUGUAGGUACCUAUGAUGAUUUCAACACAAUUGAUUGGGUGAGAGAGAAGUCUCGAGACCGGGAUAGACACCGAGAGAUCACCAAUAAAAGCAAAGAGUCAACAUGGGCCUUAAUUCACAGUGUGAGCGAUGCAUUUUCCGGCUGGUUGUUGAUGCUCCUUAUUGGACUUUUAUCAGGUUCCUUAGCUGGCCUGAUAGACAUCUCUGCUCAUUGGAUGACAGACUUAAAAGAAGGCAUAUGCACAGGAGGGUUCUGGUUUAACCAUGAACACUGUUGCUGGAACUCUGAACAUGUCACCUUUGAAGACAGAGACAAAUGUCCAGAGUGGAAUAGUUGGUCCCAACUUAUCAUCAACACAGAUGAGGGGGCCUUUGCCUACAUAGUCAAUUAUUUCAUGUAUGUCCUCUGGGCUCUCCUAUUUGCCUUCCUUGCUGUAUCUCUUGUCAAGGUGUUUGCACCUUAUGCCUGUGGCUCUGGAAUUCCUGAGAUAAAAACUAUCUUGAGUGGUUUCAUUAUUAGGGGCUAUUUGGGUAAGUGGACCCUGGUUAUCAAAACCAUCACCUUGGUGCUGGCAGUGUCCUCUGGCUUGAGCCUGGGCAAAGAGGGCCCCCUAGUGCACGUGGCUUGCUGCUGUGGGAACAUCCUUUGCCACUGCUUCAACAAAUACAGGAAGAAUGAAGCCAAACGCAGAGAGGUCUUGUCAGCUGCAGCUGCUGCUGGUGUAUCUGUAGCUUUUGGGGCACCUAUCGGAGGAGUGUUAUUCAGUCUGGAAGAGGUCAGCUACUAUUUUCCCCUCAAAACUUUGUGGCGUUCAUUCUUUGCUGCCCUGGUGGCAGCAUUUACUCUACGCUCCAUCAAUCCAUUUGGGAACAGCCGCCUAGUUCUGUUUUAUGUGGAGUUUCACACCCCGUGGCAUCUCUUUGAGCUUGUACCAUUCAUUCUGCUGGGCAUAUUUGGUGGUCUGUGGGGAGCUCUGUUUAUCCGCACAAACAUUGCCUGGUGUCGGAAGCGUAAGACCACUCAGUUGGGCAAGUAUCCCGUCAUAGAGGUACUCAUCGUGACAGCCAUCACUGCCAUCCUGGCUUUCCCCAAUGAAUAUACCCGAAUGAGUACAAGUGAGCUCAUUUCUGAGCUGUUCAAUGACUGUGGCCUUCUGGACUCCUCCAAGCUGUGUGAUUAUGAGAACCGUUUUAAUACAAGCAAGGGCGGUGAACUGCCUGACAGACCGGCUGGCGUGGGAGUCUACAGUGCCAUGUGGCAGCUGGCUUUAACACUCAUCCUGAAAAUUGUCAUUACUAUAUUCACCUUUGGCAUGAAGAUCCCUUCUGGCCUCUUUAUCCCUAGCAUGGCUGUUGGUGCUAUAGCAGGUCGGCUUUUAGGAGUAGGAAUGGAACAACUGGCUUAUUACCACCAUGACUGGACAAUCUUUAAUAGUUGGUGUAGUCAGGGAGCUGAUUGCAUCACCCCUGGUCUUUAUGCGAUGGUUGGGGCUGCUGCCUGCUUAGGGGGUGUGACUCGCAUGACUGUUUCUCUUGUUGUCAUAAUGUUUGAACUGACUGGCGGCUUGGAAUAUAUUGUGCCUCUGAUGGCUGCAGCCAUGACAAGCAAGUGGGUGGCAGAUGCACUUGGACGGGAGGGCAUUUAUGAUGCCCAUAUCCGUCUCAAUGGAUACCCCUUUCUUGAAGCCAAAGAAGAGUUUGCUCAUAAGACCCUGGCAAUGGAUGUGAUGAAACCCCGGAGAAAUGAUCCUUUGUUGACUGUCCUGACUCAGGACAGUAUGACUGUGGAAGAUGUAGAAACCAUAAUCAGUGAAACCACUUACAGUGGCUUCCCAGUGGUGGUGUCCCGGGAGUCUCAAAGACUUGUAGGCUUUGUCCUUCGAAGAGAUCUCAUUAUUUCAAUUGAAAAUGCUCGGAAGAAACAGGAUGGAGUUGUGAGCACUUCUAUCAUUUAUUUCACUGAGCAUUCUCCUCCAAUGCCACCAUACACUCCACCUACCCUGAAGCUUCGGAACAUCCUGGAUCUCAGCCCCUUCACUGUGACUGACCUGACACCCAUGGAGAUUGUAGUGGAUAUCUUCCGCAAGCUGGGACUACGACAGUGCCUGGUUACACACAAUGGGCGUUUGCUUGGAAUCAUUACCAAAAAGGAUGUGUUAAAGCAUAUAGCACAGAUGGCGAACCAAGAUCCUGAUUCCAUUCUCUUCAACUAGAAUCAUGGGGUUGUUCUGGAUAUAAAACAGGAAGGACAUUGCAGACCAUGGAUAUAUUUUAUUAACUGGGUACCCAAAACACAUUUCCCAUAUUUGGAUGGUGAAGUCAUAUUAGCGUGUUGUCUCUUUCGUACAAGUUAACCAGUUGCACUACAUAAUCUCUGGAAAUUAAUCUUCUCUUUAGGAGAAAAUACAGUUAGGCUUCUGUGAUACUGCAUUAGGAAGAUCUCAUGAAAGAGUAAACAAGAUUGCUGUGGUUUAAUUAUAUUUGUUUUUUUUUUUAAAUAUUUUUUUUAAUUUAAAAGUAAUCGUUAGCCAAUAUGCAAUCACUGAAAACUAUGCAAGAAAAAUUCCAACCGUCCUGACCUAUAGCCUGCAGGAAACUCAUGAAAAAGUUACUUUUGGUGGAUCUAACUGUCAUUGGUGGAAGAUGAAGUGUAAACUAAGGGGCUUUGCUUUUCAAACCACCGAAAGGAAAGCCAGAAGGAAAAUAGUAAUGGUAUUCUCUAGACUGUGAAGAUUCAGUUCAAAUGUUAUUCUUGUUCCUGUUACAAUAUUUAGCAUUAUUAGUUUGUUCUAUGUUUAUGUAUGUUAAUUUUAAUUUCUGAUUAUAAGACAAUGCUGCUUUAGUUAAUCUCCUCUAAAUGAAUUGAGAGAGGUUGACUUUUAUAGCUUGCUUGUUCCUGGUACUCUUUUGAAGUGCACAAAGAUAAGUUAUAGAGCUUUCUCCUUGUCUGCAAAAAAAAAAAAUGGUAAUUUUCCAGAUGGUAUCUGUUAGCUAGUAGACAAGGACUUUGCCAUGAAUUUGUAGCAACGAAUGAUUUCUUCCAGCUUCCUUGAAAUGAAUGAUGAGUAAAGUUCUAAGCAAAGUCAAAGACUAGGAAUUUCACAUUUUUGUGAGGUCCUAAGUGAAACUCUUACCAGAUGCCACCUCCACGAAUGAUGGUGCUUUAGGCUUCUGGAAUAUGUAAGAACAGUAAAGGGAACUAAGUCUGGACUGCAUACUGGUAAACCAGGGAAGAUUCAGAGCUGCGGCAACAUCCUCAUGCAUUCCUUUGUAAAGACCACCAGGAUUGAAAUAACUGACACUCAUGCUCCUCCCAGUGUGAAGUACUCAUAACAGGCCAGCUGUCCCCAUGAGCAUGGAUUAGGCUUGGGAUACUUUCAAAUAUAUUCAAAGCUUUGGAACAGAAUGGGCAACUGUGACUCCCUUGGGGGUCCUUAAAAUUCCAAAAGGCAAAUCCAUCCUAAGACCCAGGGGUGUGGACAAGACCUGGUGACACCAAAGGUGCUUGUAUCCAAUUGAAAAGGUGCCUGUCUCAAUUUCCUACCACACUUAGAACAGUUUUAAACAAUUUACACUAUAGGGACACCUGGUGGAAUUAAAGAACCACCGCCAUCAUUCCAACCACUAUUUCUUUUUCUGUAUAGUUUUACCCAUGUGCAAUUACUCCCUUUCCAUUCUGUUCCCCUUCUUACUCUUCAAUACUGAAUCCUCCCUUUGGGGUUGAGCACUGUGGCUGGUCAAUCAUUCCUAAUAACAAAUAAUAACUUCUAGGGCUAGGUAAAUGGUAAACCAAGGCUCAGCAAUCAUAUGACACAUGGACUAGAGGCGAUACACAGCCCUUUUCUUUGCCAUGUGGCCCAGUUGCUGCCGCCAUGUUUCUGUUUCUGCACCAGAUGCCCAUGGCAGUGAGACUGCACUUCCUCCCAUCCUUCUAGCCCAGAAUCAGCAAUCACUCAGCACAUUCCCCUAGACCCAAUCCCCAAUCACCUCAGUGUACCUCAUUUUAAAAGUUGUUGAUUCCUGAGUCUAGGACUUUUUACCCCUACUUCUUAUCUUUCCAAGAUCUGAAAUUAUUUUAAUGCUCAGAGCUAUGUAGCCAAGGCUUGUUCUGAUUUUUAUCUUUAAAAAUAUAAAGGCAACCACCAGAGUUUAUCCUUUUAAGUAUAUCACUCUAGCAUUUUAAUGAAAAAGAAAAAAAAACAUGCUCCAGGGUACAUUGUUAUUAUAGUCAUGGCUCGAUAGCUUUAUGUCCUUUGGUCCCUUCCAUGCCACUGAUUCUUUCCUGUGAGAUGUCUCUUUGCCUGACCACCCUGUAUAUUGUGUAGAAAACAAAGUUCUUAUGUGUAUAUUUCUGGUUGAAUAUGUGCCUCAUUAGCUGUUGUUGCCCACUAAAGUUUGCAAAAUGGGAAACAUGACUAUUUCUGGUGUUUGGUGGCAAGGGGAGGUUUGGUCGUAUUUUAACAUGGAGCAGUGACAUGGAGGGUGUCUUGUUUGCCUUUGUUUCUUCUAUGCUCUGUUCUUCAUUUUAGAUAGAUGAGCCAGUGUUAAGGUGCUAAUUCAGAGAAUAAAUUCAAGAAAUCAGAUAACACUGUGCCAAGGUAUACUUUAGAUGCUAAGCACCGAUUGGCCCUCCAGAGAAUGACAAUGUCCCUUUGAUACCUCAUUCCUGAUAAAUCUCAUUCAUUAACCUCAGUUUCUCAGGAAUCCUUGUAGCUCAUACUCUAGAAGUAGCUAUAGUGCAUGGCUCAAAGUUUGGCUAAUUGUGGCUAAAGAGCUAUACAAAACUACUAGCUCAGCACCAUGACACUCAAGAGUUUCUUGUCUUGAGGUAAAGGAAAAUGUUCUUCCUGACAAUGCCAUUUCAGCAGUUAGACAUACUUAACCAGAAAAACAAAGCCAGUAUAUGGAGGUCUGUCAGUAGCCUCAGGUGGUCACCUCAGUGGCAAAAGACUAGAUUAUUUGUAAUUUUUAAAAUGAAUGAAUUGAGGCUAGUCUAUUUGGGAUUAGAAAAUCACCUGCUACAAGGGAAGAUUUUACAAAGGAAUACUAGCAAGUGCUUCAGCUGAGUUCGGAUUUUCCAGGGAAAGAUGUCUGGUAGCCAUCCAGCCAUGAAAGGAGUGAGAGUUCAUAGAUUUGUAAAAACCUAAUUGCUAUAUUUUGUAUCUUCAGCUAUCCAAUUUAAAUAAUUUAAGGAAGAUGAAAAAAAAUUAGUGCAUGAGAAGUUAAACCAAAGACGAGAAGUAGGGGACUGAUUAUACAAAAUAAUGGCUAUGGUAAAGAUUAUUUCUCUUUUGUUGUUUAAUUAGAAACGAGUUGCAAUGCUCUCCUCUUUCUCUGGCCCCAGCAUCCUGGCUUAGCCCUGCUAUAGAGCAGAGAUGAUAUGAUCCACAAAUCUGGUGGAUUAUCUGACAUUGACUAUACUUUGAAUUUGCAAGCUGGUAGAGGAAAUGAUUAAUUUUCUGGUUGAACUUCAAAACAAAUUGCUUUGACACCCAAGGCUAAAUGUAAAUCCUUUACAGGAAGAGUGAGAAUCCUUUUUUAAAAAAAGAAAUUUCUCUUGGGAGGCUAAGGCCAGAGAAUCACAACUUCAAGGCUGGCUAGGACAACUUAGCCAGACCCCGAGACAAAAGAAAUUUUAAAAAGAGCCGGGGAUAUGGCUCAGUAAUAGAGUGCUUCUCUAGCAUGUGUAAGGCCUCAGGUUCAACCUUCAGUACACCUCCCUCCCCAGAAAAAAUACUCUAACUAUGUGAGCCAAAUUAAAAUGUUCUAAAACAUUUUUUUUUUUUAAAACCACCUCUGAGAUUACCUGGAUUUCUUUUGGGGAAGGAUUUGAAAGUGAGGACAAUAGAAAAGUCUGGGUGAGAAAGUAUAUGAACUAUGUAAGAAGGUAGAAAAAAGGCAUUCCCAUAACCCAUGCCAUGCAUCCUGGCAUUGGGAUAAACAGAAAGUGCUUGAUCAUGUACUUCAUGGAGAUACAAAGUCAAGCAAGCCCCCGAAGCUGUGCUUUCUAAGCAAACUAGAGGUUCAAAGUCAUUUUGGCUCAAGGGCCUACCUUCAGAGAGGCCUCUCCAGGACAUUCGCACCAUCUCAGUGAUAAACUUUCUUUACAUUUAUAUUUUAGCUCCCUACUCUCUGUGUAUUAUAUAUAUUGAAAAGAAAUAGAUGAGAGUUCCUCAGAUGAAAGCUCAGGAGCUGUGUAAAUUUGAAGUUCAGUCAGUGCAAGGGACCUUGAGUGAUGGCUGGAAUUUGCUCUGCUUCAGUUUCAGUUGUUUGCUCUAAGGAGAGACGUUCUGGGAAAAGUGGGUGGGUGUUAGCAACUUGAAGUUACACCCCCAGCAUUUGCUGGCUACAUUCUCAUUUCUAAACAUCUGGAUCUGGGCAAAGUUUUGAAGAGAUACAGUCAACGGAAGUAGCUUUUCCACGGUGUAAUCUGAUUUUGCCAAAUCACCCAAGAAAGGAAGGAAGGAAGGAAGGAAUGUGCAGAGUUUGCUUUUCCAUGAUGGGACCUAUCAGAUCACCCAACCCAAUCUUACAGUCAUAGAUUCCUACCUCUAAGUUCCUACCAAAGGCCUCCAGCGUCUGUGUGACACUCAUUGAAUGAAUGCUUUGCCUAGAGUUUGGCUUUUUGAGGAGAAAUGGUAUGUGAUGAUAGAAAAAUGAGAGUUUACAAAAAACAAUCCCUGCCUCUCUCCCUCUCCCUCCUUUUCUCUCUCCUGUCUGUCCCUCCACCAUGCCUUGAAUUCAAAUUUCUAUCCAUUUUGACAAGUAAAUUGUUUUGAAUGUGGGCAUUGGAAGGGAGAGAAAGGAUGAUUCUAAGAACAGAACAUGGAAGGUCCUCCUAAGUUGAUGGGGCUGAGGGCACUUUGCUCCAUUGGGGCUAAAGCCACAGACACUCCUUGGGAAGGCUGAGGGCUUUAGCACCUCCAGGCAGACCUAUGAAGUAUUCAUUGCUAAACCUCAUUAUUUCUACUAGUCUACAUCUGUUGGAGUUCAUGGACAGUCUAGGAUUUGGUGAGGGAAAUGCCAACUGGCAAAAUGGGGAAGAAGGCAGGGCCUGUGAUGAUUUUUCUAGGGUGGGAAUAUUCAGCCUCACUAUCAUAUUGAGGAUACCUCAGAUUACAUGAUCCUUCGAGAAUGCGCCUUUUCCCUCUUCCAUUUCAUGUUGUCCCCUCUUCAUACUCCUUUCUUCCCCCAUCAGCCUGCCUUUUUAGUACUCAGCUUUUUAUAUAAGUAUUCACUUUUUUAUUAUGUAUUUGGUCCAUUGGGACUGUAUAAUGAUUAUGAAUUUAUUCCAUUCAUGAUAAAAUAUGUUUAAUAUUUUGUUCUCUUAAACUAUCUUUAGAAGCUAUGCUGCUAACCAGGUACAGGCCAGAAAGGCAAUGGGCCUGACAGCAUCUUGGUCACGUCACCUAAGGGUGACAACAAUGUCUUGAUGGUGAAUCUUCUUCAUUUGACCAAGACCAGCCUCCUGCUCAUACCUCUGCCCAUUCAUUUCUGGCUAUGGGAAGUAUACCAGCCAUUGGGUGAGCCACUAAGGCCAGGAGGGUCAGAAGGGCUGGGUUCCAGCCCACGGGCCACUAUGUGAAUAUCUCUGUAAUAAGCUCAUUUGUAGUGCCGGCUCCAAGUGAAGUAGCCAAAGAAAACCUGUCUGGAAAUUGUAAUUCCUGAGUGUUGGUCAAAGUUCAGAUGAAGCUAAUGUAUAGACAUCAGCACUAACUUGGCAUCCCGAAGCUAGCUUCAACCAAAGCCUAUGGAGCCUGUUGCCAGGGGAAGCUUGGUGCUGAGCUGUUCAGAACAGUCAUUUGAGUGUUGCCAACCCUGUAGCCUUGCUUUCUUAGCUUUAUCCUCACUUGCUUAUUCGGACACACAGCCUGAACCAAAGCUGUGGCUCACUGCUCAAUUUGUCCUGCUCCCUGGUCAUGCAUAGUGACAUAGUGUAAAAAGGAAGAUAUGACUGGGGAGUUCGGAGACCUGGUUUUUAUUCCCUAUGCUUCUACUAACUAGCCUCAAGAUCUUAACCGCUCUGUGCCUCAGUGUUCCCAUCUGCAAAAUGGGGAUAGUGUUAAUUGCCCUACCUACCUCACAGGGUUGUUGUGAGGAUAAACUGAGACAAUGAAUUGAAAGUACUUUGACAAGUAAGUGCUAUGCAAAUUGUAAGAAAUGGAAACAAUCAUGUUAAUGGCAAUGGAAUGGACAUUGGCAGAAGGGUUGAUGGGAUCAUCCAGCCCUUUCUCUGUGUGGCUUAAAUCCAGGUCGCCAUUGCUUUAUACAUUUUCACUUAGCACAUAUUUGUAAUUAUGCAUGUAAUAAAGCACAGCCUUAUCCAGCA